AUACAUCGUUAUCAGUCAAAGGGUAUAAUAGUCAGUUGCUCAUAGUUGCAGCCUUUCAGCGUUCCUUUAACUAAAUAUUUAUCUAAUUAAUUUAGUAAGAAUACGUAGUGUAUUCUACUCGUCGAAGUACACUUCUAACGAGACGUAAAUCGUACUUACUGCCUUAGUUGAGCAUUGAGUAUCUGUGAAAUCGAUUAUUAGAGUUUUCCUUACUUUCAGGUGGAAUCUGAAAGAAAAAAAUGUCUGAAAAAAACAAUGAUGAUAAACAGCAGGAAUAUAGUGACAAAAUGGAUUUAGAUGCUCAAAAUAUUAUACUUGAGAAUAUUGAAUUAGAAUCAUCUAGUGAAAAUGACAGUGCAGUGGAAGAAGAAAACAAGGAUAUUGUUAUUGAAUUGGAAAUAGAGUCAGAACCAAUCUUGGAUUCAACUAAACAGCCUGCCUCGGAUAAAAAGUACAUUGGUAUUCUUGAUACACACACUGAAGAAGGUACAAGUAGAAGUAUUGAUGAUGUCGAUAGUGGAAAACAACAGGCAACAAAGACUCCAGACCCUGUAAAUCCACUCCCAGGCUGCUCAAGUGUACCUGAGGUGUCUUUGAUACCUCAGAAGGCAAGUGUUCAGCUGUUUGCAGAAGACACUGGCCCUCAGUUGUACGAUGCUAAAUGUCCACUAGUCACAUUACCUAUUAUAACCAAGAACCUGCCCAAAGUGUUUGAAUACCUUCCCAUACACGGUAAGCCGCAAGACAAAAACAUGAAAGAAUUCUUUUCAAAUAAAAUUAAAGAGUUUGUCGGAAGCGGGCUUACCGAUGUUGAGUUUCAAGAAUUAGAAGAAUAUUGCAGUCCGGAUCAUUUGAAAACAGGAAGAGAGAUAGUGAUGGGAACAAAUGUCCCUGUGAUGGGUGUUGUCAGUGGGAACAUAAUACACAACUUAAACGAACCUCCAGAAAUAAAUGAGGAUCCUAAUCUUUGCAUACUGAAGAAGCAUAAAAUUCGUGUAGAAAAGGAUACAAAAGGAUUGUUCACAAAGAAAUUGAAGUAUAGAGGUGUACGGAACCUGCCUUUUACACAGGAGAUGUAUCACAAUAUGCCUGCCGCUAAGCCCACGAUAGAGGUACCUGAUGUGGACCUGGAGCCCGGCAGAGACGUUCUGUACCGAGUCAGGGUUUAUCGACCCUAUACCUAUAGUAUGGCUAAAGAAAGAUUUACACGCACGCGUCAUUCAGUGUUCUGCUACGACAUAAUCCUGACGGGGCGCCACAAGCUGUCGGAGCUGCGCGACCGGUUCGUCUGCCACAACGACUUCGACAUGCGAGUCGAUGUCUCCAACAACCCUGACAUGUUGCCCAGCGCCAAGGCUAAGGAAUUGUUCCCAUCGGGGUUCCUGUUCAUAAACAACGUAUUCUACGUGGAUACGAGGGAGGGGUGCGUGGACUACAGCGAACCUAUCAGAGAAUGGGCCAUCAAGAAAAAGCUUGGAAAGUUCCCCAAAAAAGAUAUGUGCAGUGUCAAGUUGGAAGAUCUCGUGUUGAAGCUGGGUUACCCAGAGGUAUACGUUCACCAAGGGAAUUGUGAGCACGUGUUUUUAUUCUCGGAAGUGCGGCUACUGAACCCGACAGAUCCGCUGCGCUUGUACAACUACCCAUGCUCGACCGCCAUUGCGCAGAACCAAACUGUUUACUGCACGACCUGUGCAGAAUUCUCAGCUAAAUGGAUCGUAGUUGGGUGCAGCAGGGUCCCCUUCGAUCCCGCCUUCUUUUGCGAGACUUGUUUUAAACAGUACCUUUAUAAAGAUGGCAAAAAAAUUGGUGAUUUCAAAGCUUAUUCGUACAGAGGAAACGCUUUGAAUGUUCUUAAACCUUGAAGAUGUAUUUUGUGGAGUUUGUUUGAGCUUUUUCGUCGUUG